AUGUUCGCCUCGAGCGCCCUCGUCGCCACGCAAUGGGCACCCCCCGCGGGCCUUACCCGCGCGCGUCCCGCCAGGGUGCGCACCGAACGCCCGCGAACCUCCCCCCGCGAACCACACCCCCUUAUCCUCUCGUUCCGGAAUGAUUCUCAUGCCGACUUUCGCGCGGCUCACCUUUGCGCCCCGAUUACCCCCCCGCAGGCGUCUCGCGCGACGGCCCAGCCCGUCGUCGCCGGCAAGGCCAAGAAGGCCGCGAAGGCUGCCGACAAGAAGGCGGCGAAAGCCGACAAGAAGGCCGCGGCUAAGCAGGCGCCGGUGUCCAAGCAGGCUAAGGAUGCGGCGCGUAAAAAAGCGGCGGCCGCCAUGCGCGACGUCGUCUCGCGGCAGGGCAAGGCGUACGACCGCAUCGUGAAGGAGAUGGACCGCGACGAGUUCCGCGAGUACAUCCUGAGCGUGCGCCACAACUCCCCGGAGCCGGUGCAGCAGCUCUGCGACUGGCUGCCCAUCGCGGAGGUGGUCGUAGCCGACAAGCAGGCGUACGAGGCCAAGAAGUUCUUCAGGUCCGUCGGCAGCGACAUCCCCGAGACCGAGCAGCAGGCCGUCGGCGCCGACCAGAUCGAGGGCGUCCCCGCCAUCAAGGCCAAGCUUCCCGGAAUGCGCGAGGAAGCCGUCGGCAUGGCGUACCUCAUGGCGGGCUCCGUUGUGAAGGACGUGCCGUUCGAGGAGCUGGAGUUCGGCGUCGAGGACUGGGGCUCGUUCGAGAUGGCGGUGGACGCGUACGAGGCGCAGCAGAGCACGUCCAAGCGCUUCGCCGCCGCCGCGGCGACGCUCGGCGUCGCCGCCGACGACGAUCCCGCUGACGUCAAGCGCGUCUACCGCAAGCUCAUCGCGACGGAACACCCGGAUCGUAACCCGGACUCUUCUCUGGAGAAGUUCAACGCCAUCAAGGAGGCGUACGAGCUCCUCAGCGACCGCGGCGGACAGAGCGGCACGACGUUCGAGGGUCUGGGAGACAAGGCGAAACGAGAUUUUCGCAAGCUGAGCGACGUCCACGCGGGCGUCACCAGCAAGGGCGGCGAGCUCGUCGAGGCGGAUGUCGGUUCCAAAGUUGAGGUGGUGAUGCGUUCGCUGACGAUAUACGACCGCAUCAAGACGAUGUUCAUCGCGAGGAACGUGAGUCUGGGCGCGAGGAAGGCGGAGAAGACCAAGGCGUCGGGUAAGGCGGCCGCGGAGGAGGAGACGGCGGUGGAGGAGGAGGUUGCGGCGCCCGAGCCCGUCGCCGCGUAG